UGUGUGUGUGUGUGUGUGUGUGGAUGCACGCUUGUGUUUGUGUUUGUGUUUGUGUGUGUGUGUGCGUGUGUGGAUGCACGCUUGUGUUUGUGUGUGUUCGCGCGCCUGUGUGGGUGUGUGCGGACCUUGUAAAUCUAUGUACAUAGCGCAAAGGGCUGUUAAUAAUGUAACCAAAUAAAAAAAAAAAAAUCUAGAUUAAGACGAUUGUCUUUCUUUUGUGCUGUAUAUCAAUAUGUGAUCAGCACUUGCCAAAGAUUCAGAUGUCCCCUUGAAAUAUUUGUGAUGAAGUGUAUGUUUUUGGACCAUUUAAGAUGUUGUGUUGAGUUGUGUCAUUUAUUUGCAAUAAAUCUUGUUUACUGUUGCUAUUCACUGCUGUAAAUAAACAAAUAGUAUCAUAUGCUUCCCAAUGUCAGUAGAUGGCGAUAUUUCACACUAGAAAAGCAACCGAUUCUCAGUACUGCCAUUCUUAACUACGACGUUAGGAAUAUAUUUUUGCUGCGGUAGCUACGGUGCAGCACAGAUGGUUAUGUUAUUCUGAACAAUUAGCACGUGAAGAGAGCUAACAAAUGAUGGGCGAUGGAAAUGGAUGAUUUCUUUAAGAAACUUGCAAGCAAUAACACCACACUGUGAUCAUAUGAAAUCAGAUGUAACUGAAGAUAAGUAAUUCAGAUGGGAAAUGUGAUAAAACAAAUUGUCCUGUGUCUCUUGUAGUAUGUUUGUAGGACUGUAAAACAGACUACACUUCGCACCUACUGAACGGAUAACGGCAAACAACCUCAUGUUACAAUGAAAUAUUGGGAAUAAUUUGUCUGAUUAGUGACAUUUUACCUCCGUUCCUGUCCUUUUACAGUUUAAUACAUUAAAGCGUUUUGCUGCCGUGUAUGCACUGGGAUUUAAAUGUGUUUGGCAUAUUUUAAAGGCAGUUUCGUGCCGUGUCACAGUUGGAACUGUGGUAAGAUAGCACAGGUGUACUGAGUAACAAGAACUCUCAAAACCUCAGCACUACCUGAGCGAGGCGCUCGAGGCACGCAGUAAAAUGGUCGUUUGAAACAACGAAGGCUCCCCUUGUUUACCACCCUAUAGGUUCCCGUUCCACCUCCUCUCUUCUGCCUCUCCCUCCGUCUUCUCGUGAUGCUGCCCUUCUGUGUUGGUACCAUUCGCACUGGAGAUUGGAAGUCGACGCGGAGCGUUUAUGACACCGAUAUUGUUUACUUGUGCUGCUAAGGGAUCACCGACACCAUGUACCCAGAGGAAUCGCUUAUUCAAAAUCCGUGAAGCACAUGUUUCAAACAAAUUGAAAUUCAACGGUGAAGUAUCCAAUCUCAAGUGAGCACCAGCAAGCUUGUAAUGGAUUUACUGGUGAGUCUGUGAAUGCUUGAAAAGUGACCCAAGAACAUGAGUUUGAAGGACAACUCUGUCAAUCAGCCUGGAUCUAAUACACAGGACAGUGAAGGUGAAGUCAGCAACAAUAACCAGCAGGAAGAAGUGCCCUCUAAUGGGGAUGCUAAUGCUAAUAGGAUUCAGGGGGAUGAGGAGAGGACAGGAGAUGAGGAGGGCCUCUCUCCUUUGUUGUCUCAAACUGAGAAGCAGGAUAAGGUCAUUAUCUGGGGCACAGAUUCCCAGUGUGAUGACCCAGAGUUAGCUGAAUUUGAGAUGCUCGAAUACCAGGAGCUGGAGGCAUACUUCCAGGAGGAGGAAGUGGAUUCGACGAAAGAUGGAGAGGCUGAAACAGGCUCUCUGUCGAAGCCUGUAUCUAAUGAAGCUAAAGCUCGCCCGUCCAGUAAAGAGGACGAGACAAAAGCAGCACAACAUAUUGUUAAGGGGCCAGAGACUACAUCUCAGGCAUCUCCAAGUAAAGGAUCUAACAGAACGGAGUUAAGUUCUGAAACUGAUGUUUUUGUCUCUUGCUUCUCCUCUGUGUCCAACCUGGGAGGAAGCCUCGCCAGUGCCCUGGACAAUGAAGGCCAAUCACAGGACACAGAUUCCUGGCAAAUUCUUUCUGGACCAUACAGGACUUUUUCAGAGGACCUGACCCUUGCCUCUCAGUCCUGCUCCACCAUCUCAGAACGGAGCCGUGGCUCCCAAAAACCCAUGGCCCCCACAGCUGAAAGCACAACACACCGUUCAGGGGUUGACCUGAAUCUCAACUCAACAGUUUUGCCUGAGGAACCUAUCCUAGAAGCACAAGAAAAACAACCAGGUCAAAGUCCUCAUGAGGAGAGCUCAGGUUUGCUUACUAAUGGUGCCAGUGAGAUCAACAAGAACGUUACAAAUGCCAAAUGGGAGCAUAUCAAACUCACAGAUGCCGAUCAGAUCAGAGGAGAACAACUAAAUGAUAACUACCAGCCUACUGAUGCAAAAACCAGCUCUAGCCAACCCCAGCCCAGCAAGCUAGUGACCUCCGAAGGUCCAUAUUCACUUGAGCAACAUCCUGCAGUGCCCAAGGGAGUCCCCGCCACAAGAAGGACAAGCUCACCAAGAAAGGUGCAAGUGCCAAUUCAUAAUGUGAAUGGUAAACCAUCUAAGAGUGAUGAAGCCUCAGGUGUGAAUGUCAUCCCACCCAAACCAAUCUCAAAGAGUAUGUCCUGCCACGCUGUGUCUCCCACACCUCUGAUUAAGAAACAGGCUUCCUUUGAAAGAGCUCGCAGUGCAAGUCCAUCCAGCCUCGAUAAGAGGAAACCCUGGGGGAGUCCCUCCAGACCUGCUACACCUCCGUCACCCAAAACCACAUGGUCCCCUAAAAGAAGACCGCUUUCUUCUCCUGCUAAAACCACCAGCACCAGGACCCCAAGCCAGGAACGCAGUGACUCUCCACAAAGGGGCACCAGUGGCAUCAAGCCCCCUACCAAGGUCUGUGUCAGCAGUGGGAUCCCCAAACCCCUACUCCCCCAGCAACCAUCACACACUGAGCCCGACAACACACCCAGCACCAAAAACACCUCCCCACCCCAAAAGCCAAAAAAUGUACGCCCCAAGAUCAUCACGUAUGUAAGGAAGAGCCCCCAAGCGAAACCACAAGUGGCAGAUGCCCCAUAUGAAGUGUCCACCUUACCCCCAAGGUUAACCCCUUAUGCCAGUCCCCCACCUGUGAAAGAACCCAAGGCAGCAGGGGUGAAAGCAUCCACCAUCCUCAGUUCCUCCAACUUGCUCUAUGACAAAUACAAGCAGGAGAUGCAGAAGACGGGCUACUACGGCCCAGGCCUGGUUGUGACAGGGAUCCGACCUCCAAGCCACACGGUCCCUCAUAAGCUGACUGGCAAAUCUGAGAGCUUUCAUGGCGAGCUGCCAGAGAGAUACAUGCAUGAGAUGGGACGGGUGGCAGGUGGACCCCAAGGCUCGCAGCUGGGAGCCCCGGAUAUCGCUGGUGUCUACCGCGCACCCAGAGCCCUCAGGCCACAGCUGGGCCUCGGUGCCGUUGCCAGGCAGCCUGCAGCUAAAAACAGGAUGAUAAUGGCGGGUCAGAGGUCGUCUCUAAGCUGCAGCCAACCAGCCCCCGGUGGCCCACCCACCCACUGCUACCACGACCCCACAGUCGACCAGAAGAAGCUGCUUGCUCUGGAGGGGGGGGCCAAGUCCCUGCUGCCCAAACCUGCCCAGUCUGGCCUACACCCCCCUGGCUUUUCCCACCUGCCCCCCGCCCGUCUGGCUGCCUUUGGAUUCGUCCGCAGUGCCAGCGUGUCGUCUGUGUCCAGCAAUCAAUCCAACGACAGCACCCACAGCAGCCCUUGCCGAUCAACCAGUCCUUCAGCUGUGUUGAAGGGAAAUUCUGUAAGGUUUUUCUUUCCUUGGUGUAUGCACUGGAGUGAUCUUUACCAAGGCCUCCCUCGCAAUCCCCUCCCCGUCCUGUUCGCUGCGCCAUCGACCCACUUGCACCAUUGUAUCAGGAUUAGAGUCUGUUACACAGCUUACUUCUCACUUCCUCACAUAAGCUUACAUCUUAGCCAUUAUUUAACUAAAUCAAUCUCGGUCAGACUGAAUGGCUUGUCAUGGGUUUCCUCCUCAAUGUUGUGUUUGUCUCCUGCAGGUCCGACCAGCGGCUCAGGCCUCGAGGAUGUGUCUGAGCAGAGAGCGCCAGCGCCCCCUAGCGAACCUCCCUGCCCAGUGCGCCGUGGGAGCCCCCAGCCCCCCAACGCCCCUCCUCCCACUCGCCGCAGCUUUCCUCCCCCUACAAGGAGCUCCCCCGUGGCCACUCGUAAAGAAUUUCAGAAAGAUUCUGAGAGCACAAAGCCUAUACUCUCCUCACCAAAACGUUUUGCCGUUGUGUCACCUAAGCCACAGUCCCCUGUGCGUCAGAGAUCGGAGGCGGAGCGGGAGCGUGAGAAGGAACGGGAGAAGGAACGGGAGAAGGAACGGGAGAAGGAGCGGGAGCGGGAGAAGGAGCGUGAGAAGGAGCGUGAGCGUGAGAAGAAACGGGAGAAGGAGCGGGAGCGUGAGCGCGCCCUGGUGGAGAAGCUGAAGCAGCGCUGUGAGGAGCAGGCCAGGCAGCUCCACAGCCUGCAGGUAGAGCUGAGCAGGGCCAGCCGUGGCCUGGAGGUGUUCGCCAUCACCACCCAGCACUUCUGCCAGAAGAAUGAGAGAGCCAGCGUGAAGGAGAGGGAGCUGUCUCAGGAACUGGGUCGGAUCAGGGAUGAAGUGGCCUGCAGCGUCGCUGGCUGGGAGCGCCUGCGAGGGGAGAAGCAGCAGCAGGAGGAGCGCUUUGAGCAGGAGCUGCGGGGCCUGCGGCAGCGGCAGAAGCUGGAGCUGAGGGCCCUGGAGGAGCGGCUGAGCUGCCACCACCGCGCCCACACCCAACACCUCCACCACGAGCACCAGGAGCAGCUGGACGAGCUGCGCGGCCAGCACCAGGAGCAGCUUGAGGAGAUGAGUGAUAGCCAUGAGGAGGCGCUCCAGGAGAUGGAGGAGACCCACAACGCCACCGUGGCCACCCUUCAGGAGGAGCACGGCAGGACCAUCCGCAAUCUGAAAAUGGCUCACGAGCAGCAGAGGAAGUCUUUAGAAGAGGAAUUUGAGAAGCUAAGACUGUCCCUACAGGACCAGGUGGACACGCUCACGUUUCAGAACCGGAGCCUGAAAGAUCGAGCCAAGCGCUUUGAGGAGGCGCUGAGGAGCAGCACAGAUGAACAGAUAGUGGAUGCUUUGGCACCAUACCAGCACAUUGAGGAGGAUCUGAAGAGUCUGAAGGAUGUUCUGGAGAUGAAGAAUCAGCAGAUCCACGAACAGGAGCAGAAGAUCUUAGAGCUGGAGAAAAUGGCUCAAAAGAACGUGGUACUGGAGGAGCGUGUGCAGGUCCUACAGCAGCAGAAUGAGGACCUGAAAGCCAGGAUCGAUAACAACGUCGCCAUGUCCAGGCAACUGUCUGAGGAGAAUGCCAACCUGCAUGAGUACGUGGAGAAGGAGUCCAAUGAGAAGAAGCGCCUGAGCCGCAACAAUGAGGAGCUGCUCUGGCGCCUGCAGACGGGGGACCUGAGCCCCCGCAUGUCCCCUUCUGGCUCCCCGCUCCACAGAUCCGCUUCCGGCUCCAACUCGCCCUCUCACGUUCAGCCCUUCCCCAGAUGAACCAACACAAUUCAAAUUCCACACACUGGGAUACCUCCUCUGACCCCAUCCAUUCUUAUCUCCUUCAUGCCUAUGGGCCUCCACUAGAUGAAAGGAUGGGUGACUAUUCCUCUUCACCUCCUUUUCUCUCACCUUCUUCUCUCUAUUUUCAACACAUGCCAGGGACCCAUUUUCCAGAUGAAUGAAUGACAUGUUACAACUCAAGCUCUAUCUCUCUAUAUUGCUCUUUCUUCAUCCCUCCAUUUUACUCAACCAUCUACAGUAUCCUAUAGAUUCACACUUGGAGCAAUCUGGCUGGCGUAAAUGUGUGCACAGACACAAGCCCCUUUCUUUGUGUAUAUUCGGCUUCUCUCACUUAGAAGGUAGAAUUGUGUCUCUCCUGAAAAAGACUUGCCCUGUUCCCGACUCAGUUCUGUCCAAUGUUUUUUUGUUUUCUAAAUAUGUGUGUAGUUUGGUAGGUCAGAGCGCUGAUCUUAUCUCUCUUUACCUUUACCUUUUGAGGUAUCAAACGUAGGUGAAAAGGUCCUUCGUCAUGCUAGCUGUGGUCUGGUUUUCAACAGUCCCUCAGCAGUUCUGGUGAACUAGGUUCAAACAUCAUUGUGCCUGUCCCCAAUCUGCAUUUGUGCUUUCGAACAGCAUCGCCAGCUAUUCAUUGUGGCCUCAAGUUUAUGGAUGUAAGCAAACCAGAAAUGGAACCAUUUCUUUUUUGUUUUUCAUAAAGCGCCUUCUUCUGCCAUUCGCCUUCCCACAGGCAAACCGCUCACCAGCGAUAGAGAUACCAGACCAAGCAGAGUUGCAUACACAGAAGACAGAGUAUUACAAUGCCAUUUUGACAUCUUGAGCUAGACAGGAUUACAUAUUAUAAACCAAUGCUACUCAACACCUUUUUUUAAAGGCCAGGAUGUAGUAGAUAAUAAUAGUAGACCAGUUGACAUCAGUAUGUGUGUGACCUUUUUUACCAUCCACACCUUAAGUACUAGAUGAGUAUUUCACCUCUGCUAUGUCAGAUUUGUAUGUCUUAGGUUGCUGUGCUAAAGGGUACGUUUACAUUUCGGACAUUUCUCUGUCUAUCAUAAUCGUCCAUCAAUUGAAUGCUUCAGGAACAGUGCUUAACAGAAUGUCAUGUAACUAAUUCCAUAGAUUGAACAAUGAGAGUUCAUCCAUCUUGAUGGUCGAGGUCAGUGUGUUUCCUCCAAAUCUGUGUGUGCCUGUAAGUGACCUCAGUGUCAUACUGUACUUUCACAGGAACCCUUGUACAAACCAUGUUUCCUCUUUUACUCUUUAACCGGAAAAACAGGAAUACUACUCAUGCUUUUACCCUAUAUGGCCGCAAGCGUUUACAGAACUCCUUCCCAUUUUGCAACACAUUAAUCGGUCAGGACUGCCCAGUGAGUGCUGAACCACUGACUUACGACAUUAGAACUUUUCCACCAAGAAUAGUGACUCGCUAUGAAAACUACUUUUUUUUAUUUUUUUUGUCUAUGAACAGCAUGCACUGUAAAGUCUUCCAGUUGUAACAGACAGGUGGUAGCUCCAAGGACGUAGUUGGAUGACCUCAUCUGCAGAGAGGACAUGAUGUGGUUGAGAGGGCUCAGCUGAGAAAAAGCAUCCAGGCCUAGCACCCUGGUACUGCAGGGGUAGGAUCUGUUUACCUCCGAGUUCAAAGCAACAUUCUAUGGAACAAAGAACUGCAUCAUUCUGAGGCAUUGCUGUACUGUGUACGUUCAGGAUCUGUAACCUCAAAGCCAUUAAGAGUUUACCCAAACCAUGUGUCAUGCAUAUGUGCAGUUGUUAGUCCCGAAUAAGGGGUUCCGGGUUGCUUUGUACUUGUUUAUAUUCACUCAAUUCUUACAGAGUUUCCAAAUAACGGUAUUUAUGUGGACCUAAAAUAACAUUUUAGAUGAGGAAUUUAGACUUCUGAUAGCAAAAAAAACAUAAAACAAUAUUCCUUCAUGAAUGUUUUAUUUAUGACAAUAUUAUGAUGUAAUAUUUUAAAUUUUACGACUGCAUAUUUUGUCCAAGUGUACUUACCAUUUCAGUUUUUGUUUUGGGAAUAUCAGAUGCUUUCUUUUAGCUUACAUUUAAAUUCCUGAGGUUUUAGAUGAGUCUACAGUCUGCAUUUCCACUGUGGAGAUGGAGGAUGUUAGGUAGUACUGAGCACUCUCUCCACUUGCGCGAUAGGAGAAUGAGGGACGACUGCUUUUUAAGUGGAGUGGUCAUGAGGUAGUCAAAGGACUCCCAUUUAAGGUCUGGCUCCUUCGGGCUAUGUGUCAGCAUCACAUUGAGAAUGAUACGAAACAAACACACGUAUACAUAUAAUACAAGGCUCCCAGCAGGUAGGGCUUUGCACGCUGUGAGGAAGCCUCUACGGCUGGUAGCUAAAUGUCAGUGUAAAGCGCUGAGCUCUCUCAUAUAUGGAGUCCAGUUACACUGCAUAAUCAGUACAUGGCUGACAAUGUAUAUGGACCCAUAUCACUUACCUUCUGUCUCUGUCAGAGAAGAAACUCAGGUUUAGAAAGAGGAAGAACAGAGACUCAUCGAAAAACAAGGGCCAGUUUCAGCAGACUGAGAUCACCCAUGUUAAAUAUUUAUUUAUUGAUCUUAUUUUUUUAUUUCACACUGUUUAAAAUGGAUUACAGCUACUAUUUACAUUCAUGAUCUGAGAAAUCCUGUUUAUGUUACAGGUCAAGGUAGAAAGCCUACCAUUUUAAACAGCGAAAAAAGAACAACAUUUUAAAGUGGUGCAAUUGCCAUCGUGAAUGUUUAAAAUUCAACUGACCCAUUUGUAACAAUGUUGAUUGGGUCAACCACAGCCAUUUUUGCUGACGGUAAUUGUUUGUUGGGAAAUGGAGAGUGUAUAAAGACCCUAAAGAGAAUGCUAACGCUAACUCAGUUAUUCAGUGAGAAACCCUACAUGUGUUUGAAUAUAAACUCCUGAUCAGGUACUGGAACUGCACUGAUAGCUUCCGUGUCCCAUGGAUACAACUAUGUAAUCAACUUCUGAAUGUCUGUUACACCUUAACAAAAAUAACUGAGUUGCUGUAUCUCUUAAGAAAAAACAAAGCAGAUUGUAUCAUUUAAUGUUUUAGUAUUCCUUUUCUGUUGUUUGUUGUUGCGGUUGUUGUUGUUGUUUUUGAUAGUCAAUAUUGUACAGAUUGUAUCCCAUUUCUGUCAGCCUUGAUUAAGCAUUAUGUUCAAAUGAAGUGCAUGUCUAUUUAAUGCUGUAUUUGCGUUGUUUUAAAACAUUCUCUUCUGAACCAACACUAGCUUAGAAGGUUAGAUUUUGGCCUUUGUGAUAAAAUGAUUAAGGGCCCCAUUGUCUGUCCAUGUUGCACUGUUGCGUUUGCGUAUUAAAAUUUUACGGACAAGA